AGCACAUUUAAUUCUGCCUCCCUCAAGUCUACCUUAUCUCAAGACUACAUCUAAUGAAUAGUAUGCACCAAGUCACCGUCUUAUUGAUUGCGAUCCUUGCGAUCAUCAGUGUUGCCAUCGCGGAGCCUUUGCUUCCCAAUGGCUACUACCGCAUUUUCAAAGGAAUUCAGCAUGUACCCUCACAAAACCGCUACUUCACAGCUUACCCAAAUGCUAGAGCUGGCUCCGUGAGGACUGAGCCCAAAGAUGAAGCUAAACUUCAAGUGUGGCGACUUCGCAACCAUAGCAAAGGGCAGGUGUCUCUUCAAAUUUAUGACAAGAACGCAGAUAAGAGAAAAUACCUCUCGGAAGGAAGAUCUGGGGCUCUUCCAGGAGCAUCUCUUGGUGUUACUGAAAAGGCACAAAGGUGGUUUAUUACUAAGAUUGCAGGUGGUCCUUUCACCAGAUACAUUCUCACACAUCCGAGAAAGUUCCGCAAUCAGACACUUAUUGUCAGCGAGAGCUACCCCUAUGGGGAGGAUGAUGACAAAAUAAACUGGGUUGCUUUCAGGUAUCAAGGCCAGUCGAACCACACCCAGGCCUGGAAGUUUGCAAGAGUCUACCCCGAGGACGAGUAGACAGUUGAGGAUUCAGGCCAAGCUCGUAGCUCAGCUUUGAAGACAAUACUUUCCUCAGCACAAAAACUUGUAACCUAUUUCUAUUAAAAAAGAUAAAAGAUAAAAGAAAAACCUUGUUGAGAUAAGAUACGUGCCCGGCCCUACACAACGCAAAAGCUAAGCAGCAAAUAGAGAAAACCACACGAGUAGAGGGAUGAUGGUGCAGGCCAAAAUAGCCGACCUAUUUUGUGGCUCCUGUGAGGCUAUUUGGCUUGAGCAAUGUCAAUGGGAAAAGAUACUGGAACAUUCCUUUUUAUUAGACAUGUAUU